UGGCGAGGGGGAAAGGGAGAGAUAUAUUAUUUAUGUUCUUCGUAGUUGCCGGCAUAGCGACAGGCGGCGCUGCGAUGACGACGGCGGUGGGUGGCGGCGGAAGCAGGUUCUGCUUGAGCUGGAGGUUGGCGGUGGAGACCAACAACGUGCGUGCAUGGCGGACGGUGCCAACGCAGUGCAUUGGGUGCGUGGGGGCCUACAUGCUCGGAGGCCAAUACAGAAGCGAUCUUCAGUUCCUUGUGGAACAAAUACUCAGCUACGUCACCGGCGGCGGAGUCGUCGUCUCCGGCGACGGCAUGGAUGCUUGGACUUUCGACAUUGAUGAAACUUGCCUCUCCAAUCUCCCCUACUACACCAUCAAACGAUAUGGGGGCGACCCAUAUGAUCCAGUAGCGUUUUUUGCAUGGGCGUCCAAAGGAUUGUGCCCUGCAAUUCCUGAAGUCCUGGGAUUGUUCAACAAGUUGAUCAAAGUUGGAUUCAAGGUGUUCUUCCUCACUGGUAGAGAUGAAGCCACUCUUCGCCAGCCUACCGUUCGCAAUCUCCAACUUCAAGGCUUCAUUGGCUACAAAAGCCUAAUUAUGAGGACAGCUGCGUACAAGGGACAAAGUGCGGUGACGUUUAAGUCAGCAAUUCGGAAGGAGUUGGUAGCACAAGGUUACAGAAUAUGGGGGAAUGUGGGAGAUCAGUGGAGUGAUCUUCAAGGUGAUUGCCCUGGCAAUCGCACCUUCAAAGUUCCUAAUCCCAUGUACUUUGUUCCCUAAAAGCAAAUUCAUCUUUUGGAAGGGAGGAGGAGGAGGAGGAGGAGGAGUCGUGUAUGAUCAACCCAGCAACACAAAAUUGCAAGACUGAGGAAGGAAAGUUAAUUGUAAUCAGUUCAUCUCAUGGGGCAAUUGCACUUUUAGUGCUUGAAAAUUUUCAUGAAAAUAGAUAAUACUAAAUGGGGGACUUAAUUG